CUCUAUAUUGUUCGCAGAGAAAACGUAGCGCCCAAACAAGAAACAGAUAAUAAAUUGUAGAAUUUGCGAGAAGAAGACCAGUGGUAAUAUAAACCAAAAAUGGGUUGGGUUUGGAGAGACGACGAGCCUGCUGGUGAAAAUGAAAUUAGCGAAUAUUGGAAAAGCCCUGAUUCAUCCUCUGGGAAGGUUUGCUCCACGAGGAAGGUGGUGAAGUCGCAGUGCAAGACUGAGGAGGUGGAACCUGGAAAGUUCGUUAGGAAGUGCGAGAAAACUGAGGAGAUUCUCAGAGAGUGCCUUGGAGAGCCUGCUGAAGUGCUGAGGUCCAACAAGGAGUACACUGAAGACGAUGUCACAGACCUGGUGGUUAAAGGGUCUUCCUCAGUAGGCCAAUUUGAUAGCUCGCCAUUUGGCUUACCAGGUCUUCGAAGUGAUAUUGAAGGCAUUGAGCGCCAAUUCCUCGGUGGCAUCAAUCGAUUUUUUGAAGCAGCUGAACAGAUUAAGGGUAGCUUUUUCGAUGUUUUUGGGGACUUGCAUAAGGAGAAUCCAUCAUGCCCUCCAUCUAUGAGGCGAGGGAUACCUAUUGAUGACUAUCCCCAAAAAAGAGAGGCUUCUCCUAAACAAAGGGAGCCUGAUGCUGGUGAUGUUGAUCUUGCUGGUUUGGCCAGAGAUGUCUGAAUUAUUCUGUUAAUAAUCUAGUCGAGUAGACAAUUUCCCCUUUUAUAUGACUAGCGAAAUAUAGACUACCAAACUGCAGUUUUUGCACUGGAAUGUAAAGCCGGUUCUUGGAUGAGACUACGAAGUUGAUUCUCAUUGCUAAGUUGAAAUCAAGGAUUUGUAUUGAUAAUUCUAUUUAAUGGUGUUUUUAUUGUGUGGCAAGAGUUUUAAGAAA